CAUAGUACAUAUCUGGAAUUGUACGGUAAUAUUAUUAGGAAAUUAAUUAUCUUAUAACAGUUAAAAUUAAAGGCGCUGCCCGCUCGUUAAUUCAAUCUUACGGCGAUUAAGUUAUAAAAUGACGGGACGUAUACCCUACAGAAGGCGUUUAUUUGACUACGAUCACUGAUAAGGGUUGAGGUCAGCUACAGUACAGUUAUACUUAUCACGUCCAUGUGUUAUCACAUGACAUUAACGCUCCUGUUAUGUCGUUGUUAUCGCAAUUGCCAUGAUACCGUGCGUCAAGAAGAUACUCGUAAACGGCGCCGGUCAUUGUGUUCCUUUUCUUCGUAAUUAUUAGACGUCAGAAUGUCUACUGCAGGAAAAAUAAUAAAAUGCACGGCUGCUGUCGCUUGGGAGGCUGGUAAACCACUCUGUAUCGAAGAAAUAGAAGUCUAUCCUCCAAAAGCUGGAGAGGUCCGCGUUAAGAUCGUCGCAACUGGAGUUUGUCAUACCGACGCUUAUACCCUGUCUGGAAAAGACCCCGAAGGUGUAUUUCCUGUCAUCCUAGGACACGAAGGCGGCGGCAUAGUUGAAAGUGUCGGGCCAGGCGUUACGACUGUGAAACCAGGUGAUCAUGUGAUUCCUUUAUAUAUCCCCCAAUGCAAGACCUGCAAAUUCUGUCUCAAUCCUAAAACUAACCUAUGCCAGAAAGUAAGAAUUACUCAGGGACAAGGCGUUAUGCCUGAUAGCACUAAGCGAUUCCGCUGUAAAGGCAAGGAUCUUUACCACUUCAUGGGGUGUUCGACAUUCAGUGAAUACACAGUUGUCCUGGAAAUAUCCCUUUGCAAAGUGGAUAUUGCUGCACCUUUGGACAAGGUCUGUCUGCUAGGUUGUGGUGUGCCAACAGGUUACGGUGCUGCUUUGAACACAGCUCGAGUGGAAUCUGACAGUAACUGUGCUAUUUUCGGGCUCGGAGCGGUCGGUCUUGCAGUUGCUUUGGGGUGCAAAGCAGCUGGCGCUAAGCGUAUUAUCGGAGUAGAUCUUAACCCAGCUAAAUUUGAAGUCGCCAAGAAGUUCGGUGUGAAUGAGUUUGUUAACCCAAAAGAUUAUGAUAAGCCCAUACAACAGGUGCUUGUUGAUUUGACUGAUGGUGGAUUGGAUUACACCUUUGAGUGCAUCGGUAACGUGAACACCAUGCGUGCUGCGUUGGAGGCAUGUCAUAAGGGUUGGGGAACAUCUGUAAUAAUUGGAGUGGCGGCUGCCGCAGAGGAGAUAAGUACUCGCCCGUUCCAGUUGGUGACUGGUCGCACAUGGAAAGGAACAGCUUUUGGCGGAUAUAAAAGUCGUGAUAACGUGCCCAAACUCGUCGAUGAGUACCUUAAUAAGAGGUUGUUGUUGGAUGAGUUUGUUACUCAUAAUGUUCAGUUGAAAGACAUCAAUGAAGCAUUCCAUUUGAUGCAUACCGGCCAGUCUAUUCGUGCUAUCAUUCACUUAUAACUUACAAUGCGUUGCGUUGUUGCCAUGCGUUUAAAGUGCAUGUAUGAUAGUACUUUCUGUUUUGGUUUUGUAUAAACAAGGCACUAGCCUUCUGUGUUGACCAGGCAUGACGAUACGACAUUAUACCUCGUUUUGGGUUGCGUAUAAUUAAAUUUUGGCUAUAAUUUUGUUUCGAAAAUUUAUAAUCGGUUUAGGAUGCUAGGUUCUACUACUUUAAAUGGUGUGAUUUUAUUAUUUUACGAAUUAUUGUAAAUUUUUUUAAGUCUCAAUGCUGAUGGAAAUAAAAAAAAUAAAAUUAUUUUGUUGUUAAACAUUGUAAUAUACCUGCUCGUAUAAAAAUAUUGAUGUAAAUAAUGUACUAAUAAUGUUUAAUGAUGUAAAUGUAAAUUGUGUUUUUGUGUACAAAUCACUUUACAAUAUCAAUCAAUUGUAAAUGUUUUUAAAAAUCCCUUGUACUUUGGG